CCUCCUCCUCCUCUCUGGCUCUCUCAGAGUUGUUCAGACGUGAGGGAGGAAUGGCGGCUCCUCGGAGUUUCUUCAUCUCUCUCUCCGGUGUAGUUCUGGUUCUAUGUGUCUCUUGUGGAUCUACGACCUCGGGCAGCAGACGAGCCAACCCGGAGCGCUGCGGUUACAAGGUGCAGUCUGGUGCAGAAGGAAGUCGGAGGUUGCCCAUCACCUUCAGAGCUGACAACUGUUCACUCAACUACCCGUUGGGGAAACAUGUGAUCCAUGAGGUCACUGAUGUCUCCUUCAGCCAUCUGGCCUGUGAGGACCAGGCCGCUGUGGUCGUCCACUGGUCUGCCAGUCCACUAGGCAUCGAACACAUUAAAGGCUUCAGAGUCUAUCUGGAGGACAAGAACCCAGAGGGGAAACGGUGUCAGCACCUCCUCCUCAAGGACCCUCGGCAGCUCAACAGCUCCCACAAGAACACGAAGCUGAGCAGUCAGCCGUUCGGCGGCUUGACCUUUGACACCGACUACAUGGUUCGCGUGGUUCCUUUCCCGACUCUGAUGAACGAGAGCUUCUUCCCUCCAUCCUUCCUCCGCACCAACUCGUGUGAAGUCCUCCUAGGAUCAGACAACCAGGUCUGCAGACCCUUCUGGAAGCCCAAGACCCUGAACGUGUCCCAGCUGGGCUCCAGCCUCUACGUGGCGUUCGACCAGGCGCCGGCCUCGUUCGGCUUCCACUUCUACUUGCUGUACUACAAACUACGGCAGGACGGGCCCUUCAGACAGCAGCACUGCCAGCCAGAUGUGAACCAGCCCAGAACCACAUGCAUCCUCCAGAACCUGACCCCAGGGACCUACACCAUACAGCUGAGAGACGACGGUAACACGACUAGGAGGCAAACUCAGUACCACGUCAGCCAGGUCCACUCCCCCUGGGCGGGGCCUAUUCGUGCCAUGGCCAUCACGGUUCCUCUGGUCAUCAUGUCUGCCUUCGCCACUCUCUUCACUGUCAUGUGUCGCAAGAAGCAGCAAGAAAACAUCUACAGCCAGCUGGACGAGGAGAGCAGCGAGUCGUCCAAUCACAGUGCAGCGUUGAACACGGAGCGGCCGUGGCCCCGCCCCAAGGUCUUCAUCUGUUACUCCAACAGAGACUGUCCCAAACACACCAGCGUCAUCCAGAGCUUUGCCUACUUCCUGCAGGACUUCUGCAGCUGUGAGGUUGUGUUGGACCUGUGGGAACACCUGGAAAUGUGCAGAGAGGGUCAGACGUCUUGGCUCAGCAGGCAGCUGGACGAAGCUGACUUCAUCAUCACUAUCUGUUCUAGAGGCCUACGCUAUUACGUAGAGAAGAAGAGCCACAGAGGGAAGACACCGGUCAGUCGCCGUAGUAACAGCAGCAGCAGCUCUCCGAUUGGUGGAUCGGGCGGUGACCUGUUCAUCGUGGGCGUGGCCAUGAUCGCUGAGAAGCUGCGGCUGGCGAAUCAGAGCCAGGGGGGCAGAGCUCAGGAGCUGAACCGCUACAUGGCGGUUUACUUCGACUAUUCCACCGAAAAGGACAUCCCCACCAUGCUGAGUCUGGCUCCCAGGUUUAAGCUGAUGGACCAGCUGCCUCAGCUCUUCAGUCGGCUCCACUCCAGCCAGUCCAGUUUGGCUGAUCGUGAGUCGCAGCCUCUCAACGUCUCCAGGAGGAACUACUUCAGGAGCAGGUCCGGACGCUCGCUCUACGUUUCCAUCUGCAACAUGCACCAGCACAUCAGCCAAAACGCUGACUGGUUCGAGAAGCAGCUGGCUCCUUCAGGAGGUUCCUCUGCCUCCUCCUCCAAACCUGCUCCUUCUCUCCCGGCUGUGCCGGCUCCGAGCCCCCCUCCAAAGCCUCCCUGCCCCUCCUCCUCCUCUCUACCGGAGCAGAGGUUUGACUCAGGCUUGGUGCUGAACGAGGUGGUGGUGAAUACACCAUCUCUGGAGGGAGCAUCGAGGAGGAACAUGCUCCUGCUGGCCUCUGGUUCCAGUCCCAGCCUUAACCUAGGCCCCAGCCUCAGUCCUAGUCCUAGUCCCAGUCCUGGUCCCUGUCCCAGUCCAGGCCUGCCACACUGCUCUCUGGCCACGCUGGGACCCACUUCAAGGUCCACUUCUGGAAUACCUGGACUGUUACCUGAAGAAUCAUCCUCCUCUUCCUCCUCUGCUCCCUCCAUUCUCCAGGAUGGGGUAUGCCCUGUCCACUCCCAGGCAGAAGAAGGCCAUCAUUCCCCUCCAGAGCUCCCUCCCCCUCGUGAUUCGGGCAUCUAUGAGUCAUCUGUCCCGUCCUCAGAGCUCUCCAUUCCCCUAUUGGAGGGUCUGUCACAUGACCAGGCUGACUCCUCCUCCCUGGCAGACAGCGAAUCAUCUUCUUCGGGGCUGGGUGACGAGGAGCCGCCAGCUGUGACGUUGCUGCGCUCCACGGUUUGUAAAGCCGAGCUGCACCACCAUCGCCGCCUGGAGCUCGCCGACGGACCCGCGCCUGUGGCGGCCUCGUUGUAGCUGACUCCCUCCUCCCC